AUGCCGCCCGACUGGAGCUUCAUCACUGUGCGGGACUCGCGCAACUACGGCCUCAGCGAGGCUCAGUGUGACGCCGCUUUCCCGCGCCUCUGGUCCGACAUCGAGCGCGGCCUGGCGUACCGGAAAGAGGUGGGCAACAUUACGGUUGAGGAUAUGGAGCUCAACUGGCGCCAGGAGGCCGUCGUUCGGGCCAUGAUCUAUGACCACCAACUCUAUGUUCUCGACGUCAAGGGCUGCUCGCCGAGGCGCGACCUGCGCGAGCGCGCCCUCGCCGUUUUGCUCUCCAUCAACCGCGCGGUGACGUCGUACACGGGCCCGCUGCCGAACAUCGAAUUUACCUUCUGCGUCGACGACUGGGCGUACCAUUCGCUGCUGGACGAAAACUCGAAGCCCGUGACCUGGGGCUUCACGCGACUGCCCGAUUGGGACGACGUCUGGAUCAUGCCCGACUUUGGCUACUGGUCGUGGCCGGCGGAGCCGGUGGGCGAGUACAGCCAGGUGCGGACCGGCAUGCGGCUGCAAGAGGCCGGCCGCCGCGCAACGACGGACGAGGAACUGCAGCAUUCGCGCAAGAAGACGCUGAGGAGCUUCCGUGACAAGAAACCCAAGGUCGUCUGGCGCGGUGCGCUCAUCACGGAGCAGCGCCAGAGGCUCAUCGACUUGUGGGAGAACAAGCCGUGGAGCGACAUCCACGGCUUCGACUGGGGCGCGCCCGACCACAAGUCCAAGUACGUCAAGAUGAUGGACCACUGCCAGUGGCAGUACGUGCUGCACACCGAGGGCAACAGCUACUCGGGCCGCCUCAAGUACCUGCAAAACUGCCACAGUGUACCCGUGAUUCCGGAGCUGAUGUGGCAAGAGGCGCACCACGGGUUGCUGGUAUCGAGCGGAGACUCGCAGAACUACGUCCAGGUGCGCGCCGACUACGAAGAUUUGGGCGAGAAGAUUGAAUAUUACCUCGCCAACCCCAUCGAGGCGGAGCGCAUUGCCGACAACAACGUCCGCACCUUCCGCGACCGCUAUCUCACUCCCGCUGCUCAGGCAUGCUACUGGCGCAAGCUGAUCCGCGCGUGGCGCGAGAUUAGCUUCGAGCCUGAGUUGUUGGACGAGGAGGGCAACAUGCGUGGCAUGCCGUUUGAAACUUAUGUGUAA